AUGGUGUUGAAGUCGUCGUCGACGAUGCGUUUUAUAUGAGAAAGUUUGUGGAGCUAGCAAAGAGAGCAAUUGGGUGUACUAGUCCUAAUCCCAUGGUUGGUUGUGUCAUUGUCAAAGACGGAGUUGUUGUUGGUGAAGGGUUUCAUCCCAAAGUUGGUCAGCCUCAUGUUGAGGUGUUUGCUCUUAGAGAUGCUGGAGACUUAGCUGAGAAUGCCUCUGCUUAUGUUAUUUUGGAGCCAUAUAAUCCACUACAAGAAAACAGGUCAUUUGCAACUCCAGUAAUGGUCGCUCAAUAGUCGCAAAAAAGGGUUUUGCGACCAUUUAGCAACUAUUUGCGAUGGUCGCUAAAAACGGUCACAAAAUUUGUUGGUCGCAACAUGGUCGCUUAUUUGCAACCGAUUUAGGACUCUGUAAUAUAGUCGUAUAUUAGCGACG